UAUAUUUUUUUUUUUCUUCUUUUAGGGCUUAGUUUCAAUUCAACAAUGUAGGAUUUAGUUUCACCGAGCUUUAUUUUCUCCAUUGGUAUCCAUGGUAGGGUUUAUCAGUAAGCUCGGGUUCUUCUAAGAGUUCUAACUUUCUGAGUUGGAUUAUUUAACUAUUGAUUAUGAUUACUGAACUUAUAGAAGAUUAUAACGAACCUUUUUUGUUGUUAGAGUUAUGCUAUGUGCAUUUUACAGCUUUAAGAAUUUUAUGUGAUUUUUUUAGCCAAAUUUGAUGAUUCUGUCAAUUUUUGUUGCUAAUGUGUUGCAUUUUUUUAGUUGAGUCAUUUUGUGAUUAUUAGAACCUGAUGCAAGCUUGGGAUUUUGAGGCUCGUCGAGCUUCGAGCUUAAGCUGAGCCUGCUGAACUCAGAACCUGCUCCUAUUCGGGCUCGGCUCGAAGGUUUAGCACCCCUCAUUGAACCCCAAUACUAUAAACCACUUUUACCACGAACCCUUUUAUGUUAGGAUGGAAAAUUAUGGAAAUGAGGCUUUUCUUCCUUGGCUUGGGGCGACUGCCCGUCCUGCCAUGGCUAUGUGACAUUAUUUUAUGUAAUGUCUGAAAUUAUUUUUGCAUAUGUAUGACAUGUAAUGGAUACGAUGCCCUGUCAUUUUGUGUGCUUUACUUGGUGGUUUGGGUCCGUACAUGACCGUGUUGUUGAUUUGGUCUUCAUGUUUGUUUGUGUUUAGUUCUUGUUUGGGUCUCAUUAUGUGUGCUUUACUUGGUGGUUUGGGUCCGUCCAUAACCGUAUUGUCAAUUUGGUCUUCUUGUUGGUUGGUGUUUAGUGCUUGUUUGGGUGUCAUUUUGUGUGCUUUACUUGGUGGUUUGGGUCCAUACAAAACCAUAUUGUUGAUUUGGUUUUCGUGUUGGUUUAUGUUUAGUACUUGUAUGGGUGUCAUUUUGUGUGCUUUACUUGUUGGUUUGGGUCCGUAUUAUCACUGUAUUGUUGACUUGUUCUUCCUGUUGGCUUGUGCUUUGUACUUGUUUGGAUGUUACACCUCAUUCAGUUUCAAACUUGUCUCGCUUGUUACCAAAGAACCUAUUUAUGGUAGUUUACUGCUCAAUAGUUUCAAAAUAGUUGUAUAGUAUUGGCCAAAAUCUAUUAUAGGAAUUGUUGAUCCUAAGCUGUCAAUUUCUGUUUUGGAGCUCUGAACUUGUUCCUAAAGGUGCUUAUGUAUAUGCUCUUGAUUAUUAUGUUGCAUUUGCAUUAAGGAUACAAAAUGGCAAGAUACUGUAACUGUGUUAGGUAAGCGGAUGAUUUGACUGAUCCUGCUCCUGCCACGGCAUCAGGUUGAAGUUCAUUGAUAUGAAUGCUGCACUGGUUCUGAAAAACUUGCUCUCUUGAAAAAUAGCAAAGAUCCAGAAAUAAGUUCCGUUUGUGAUUGGGAAAGCAAUGGUCUGCAGUGAGCAAGUACCUUUCAGUGGUGCUGACUACUACAAUGGGAAUCUUUUACCCUUUCCUGCAGAUCAGACCAGCGCUAUGCUGGACAGCCAAUUCUGGUAUGGAGACACAAUUCUAGCUGCUAAUGGGUUCUCUCAGGUCCCGAUGAAUGCAAUACAUAAUGCUACUGAUGUCACACAAUCUGAUGCAUUGGCUGGUUUCAACCACAUUCCUCUGAGUACUGAUCCUUUUAUCGAUCGUUUGGAAGUGCAAAACUAUGACAUUUCAGCUCAGAGAUCAAGUCUUCCAUUCUAUGGGACACAGGAGAGCAGCAGACAUGGGGGACUGGACAAUUUUGUGUUAAAUCAAUGGAUGCCCAAGGAAGAACCUAUAUCAUUUAUGGAUAUGGAAUGGCAACAAGUUGAGAGUCCUGCGUUUCCAGUACAAGCAGCAAACGUAAAUGACACCCAUGAAUUUCUGUCAAAUGUGAAAGUUGAGGCAGAUACAUCUGAUGUAGCCCCAGUAACAUUGAAGAGUGUGUCCAGAACAAACAGAGAACGAUCAAAAGAAGCUGAAACUCGUCGUAGACUCAUUAUCAGUCAAAGGGUGCAAGAUUUGCAUGAUCUCCUUCCUGCAACCUUCAAGGAUAAACGAGGUAACCAAGAGUCUAUUGUGAAUGAUGUCAUUGGUCAUAUCAAGUAUUUGCAGCUUCAACUCAAGGAAUUGAGCAGAAGCAGACUGGGAGGUGAUUCAAGCUCUGGUCCGUUGAAAUUUGAUGAGGGUUAUGGACACUACCAACCACAUGAACAAAUGUUUGGUGAGUCUCUUGAUAAAAUUCUUGGAAGCUUAUUAGAGGAGAAUCCAGUAGCAGCACAUAAUCUUUUCGAGAGUAAAGGUCUGUGUAUGGUUCCCAUGGCUUCCACUGAUGCAUUAUCAUGCAACAUAAAGUAGAUUUUGUAAGUCAUGCUCAAGCUAUCUAGAAAUGCUUGUUGCAUAUGCUAAGAUAUUUGUGUAUAUAAUAACACUUUUCCACAAGUAACUACUCAAAACCUCUUAACUGUAGGAAACUUCUGGUCAUGGUAUUGCUUUCUUAGAAAGGCAAAUGGCAUGUAAGUAACUUUACUCGAGUUUGGUUGAAUUCAAAUUUUGGACAUAUGAAAGAAAAUAGGUUUUUAGUAUACUUCCGUGUUAGUUAUGCUGUAAGUAGCUAUGGACAUGGUUUCUCGGUUUGGAGUAACAUUCUUUUUAAAUCCGAAUGAAUUGUUACUUGAGAACUAAUUUUGCUUGUUUGCAAA